AAUCCACACGUGGUCUGGGUCUUGGGCUUGUUUAACACCAUACAGACAACUAGAAACUUCUGACCAACUCAUGCCAGCGAGUUGCCCCACGUCUAUCACUGCGGGGGCAGACAGGAUCGGACGAAGCUUUCGAUAACUCAGCGAAUAUGCCUUCUUACCCCCUCAGCCAGUUUUGUGACCUUGAAGAGAUGAUGUGUAAGCAUCUAUUGAAUCUUGACAUCAGGGAGCAGACCGGGCCACUACCAUCCCUCAGUCUGGCAAUGCGAACGCCAGGUUACAUUGGUCAGCCAAGCAGCACAUCGCUUUCCCUCUCGUCUCUCUCCUGCCUUCCCUCUGACCCUUCAGACAGUACUCUUCUGACUUCCAACCAGUGGGGGCAGCAGUCAGAAAGCUGUCUGCCCUCCCAGCUCAGUAAUUCCAGCCAAUGGGGAAAGUCUGGCUUCUUUGCCCAGCGCUCCAUCAGUAUGGUGGAAACCAGCAGCACCACAGCAGCAAGUCAAGGCUGGCCUGGGAUUGACACUAAGCACUCCCAAAGUGAUAUCAGCCCCACUGCACUGAACAAUAACUCUGCCUCCUCCUCGUCCUCCUCCUCCUCCUCUUCACGCUAUAAGACUGAACUGUGUCGAUCCUUUACAGAGAGCGGCUUGUGCAAGUAUGGCGGAAAAUGCCAGUUUGCCCAUGGAACUGAAGAGCUGCGGGAUCUGAGCAGGCAUCCCAAAUACAAAACGGAGUUGUGCCGAACGUUUCACACAAUCGGCUUCUGCCCCUAUGGGAUCCGCUGCCACUUUGUCCACAACAGUGAGGAAGAAAGAAAACACUCCCUCUCUCGCUCCUCUUCGUCCUCUUCUUCCUCCUCUUGUAGCAUUACCCCACAGCAACUUUCCUUCUCCCCCCGCCCAAACAGACCGCCUCUGGUUCGACAGAGCUUCAGCUUCGCUGGGUUUCCUUCUGCUCCCCUCCAGCCUCCCCUUACUGCUCACACUUCUCCUGCCACGUCUUCUUUUACGCGUGCUCCAUCAGCCUCUCCUCCCUCCUGCGCUGAUGUCACUGACCUCCUCUCUCAUGCCUUCCUGGAGAUGGACUCUGCCUUCAAGGCUUCCUCUGCCAACCAGUACCAGCCCCCAAUAGCCCAGGCCAUCGCAGGAGAUCCCCGCUCUCCGUUCCUGCCUUCUCCAGACUCUGGUUGUUCUCCAUGUGGGCUGUCCCCAACAGCCUCACCUUCCCUGAGGCAGAGUCCUGGUGCUUCUGGUGUCUUUUCAGGGCCUCUAGGCACCCGAUCCCUAUCGUACACCUCUUUAUCAGACCAGGACCAGGAUGGCAGCAGCUCAGCCAGCUCAGCCAGCUCGCUCAGCGGCUCAGAGUCCUGCAGUGGCGUUAAUGAAGCAAAUGUCAGACGCCUGGCAGUGUUCAGUCAGCUCUCUGUGCCUGAGGAUCCCACAGGGUUCUGCCUUUAGGCUAAGGAACAAACACAUUUAUUCUACCCUACUUACAUAAUAUAUGCAGAGCACAGAUACCCAUAUAUAUCCAUAUAAAGCGCACACAUAAGAUUAACACACUGGACCCAUUUAGUGCUUACAUAUCCCACACUUUCUGCCGCUGGACUUACCAGAAGACGUCCUGUGUAGUGUCAAAAGUAAACAGACUUAUCGACUGACUCAGAACGCUUAUAGAGAUUCACCUAGUAGAUUAAUAUGCGUAAGGGAAGCUGUACUGAUGAAACUUAAAUGUGUGUUGCCUCCAAAGCAUAUCAGUGCAGGAAGCAUUUGAAAGCUUUAUCAAAAUAGUAUGCUGAGUUGGCAAAGUGCGACAAAGAUAUUGUAAUCACAGUGUGAUCGCCUGUUGUCACACCACUUUUUUUUUUUACAUCCUUUGUAGGAUCUCAAGAAUGUGACAAAGCCAAAGACGUGUUUGUAGCUCAAACUCUUUGAUUAUGGUGGUACAAACACAAAAUGUGGCCUAUGUUUAGGAGCUGUUUUUUUUGUUUGUUUUUUUUUCCACAGUAUUGUGUUGAUAAGCUGGUGAGAUUUUUUUUUUCUUUUUCUCAUAACUGUACAGUCUGAGGUUAUGUUUAGAUCACUGGCCUCCAACCUGAAUGUUAAGUUUUCAAACAACUGAAGUGCCUAUAGCGUUAUUUAACAGGUUAUGUUACAGUGUUGAAACAAUAUUUGAUGGUUUCUUGGGAGAGAUGCGUGGAGAGUUGUACGUCUUUUUUUUUCUUUUGUAUAGACGAGUUAGUGAGUCUGUUUGUUAGGAUUGUAAGUGCUAUUCUUCUAUCUUAAUAUGACCAGUUACGUGCCAUAUGACCAAAACAACCUGCCUUACAAAAAAAAACCAAAAAGUACAAGCAGGCUUGGAGAGAGUUUUCCAUAUCCCAUGUUUUUGAUAUCUUUUUAAUGGUUUGAUUUGACAACUGAAAAAAUGAGCUGUUAAAUGCAAAAUAUAACAGGCAGAGAGAUGUGGCAUUUAUUUUCCAAAAUACAUGAAUAUAAAGAGUCAAAUAUGGGGGAAAGUACUAAAAACGAACACCUGAACUUGGCAUAAGGUGCUCAAUUAAACAGUAAAAGGUGCUAAUGUCUGUUUAAAGUGGUUUUAAAACACAAAUGUUCUCAGACGUGGGUUUAUAUUUUCCUCCCUUGAUUACAGGCAGCACAGAUGUUCCAUUUUUCUACCAAGUUUUCUGUUUUUGUGACUCACCCCACCAUCUCUCCUUCUCAUUCAGUAUUACUUCUUCCUGUUACAGCUUUGUACUGUUAUGAAUGUGUAGCAUCCUGGUCACAGCACCCAGGUCUGCCACUUUACUGAGCUAGAUCCAGCUUUCUUUAGGGUUAGUGUAUGUAUGCUUAGUGUUAUAGAAAUUUUACUUAGCUGUUUUGUGUGUUUAUGAUGUAGUUGGUUAGAAAAACAGACUCUGUGCUGUUAUCGGUCUAUUUAAAAUUGCCUUUUCAUCAACAUGUUUGAGGCCUGUUUAGUGUUAAAGGUGAUAAUCUUUAGUAAAUUAAUUUCUUUAAUUUAUUUUAACGUAUUUAUAGAGGACUUUGAGUUGUUAAUGCUUGUAUCAAGUUUAAUAUAUUUACUUCUUUUUGCUUUUUUGUACUGGAAAUAAAGUUGUUUUUUU